CAGCCCAGGCAAUUCCAAGUUCCAGUCCCUGACCCCGAGCACAAGUCUUUCAGGCUGUUGGAAGCCAUGCCGGAAGCUUCCGACGAGAGGCCGCUGCUGGAGGAGACAUGGCUGCAGGUCUUCACCUUCCUGGAGGUGCCGGAGCUCUGCCGCGCGGGGGCGCUGUGCUCCAAGUUCCGCGCUCUCGCCGCGGACGAGGAGCUUUGGCGACGACUUUGCAAGCGUCGCUGGGCAGGCAAGCAGUGGAUGCCGCUGGACCUCUUCCGCAAUGGUGACUUCCGUGGCCUACGCCUCAGUGUCCCAGAGCUGCGCUCCCUGCUGAAGCGCCGUGACGUGGACAUCGCCGGCGCGACGGAGAAGUCGGAGCUGAUAGGAGCCUUAGAGGCGUCCACCCGGCUACGAGGUGCGGAGUGUACGUUGUCGAUUCCCGGCAAGUGGAAACGAAGCUAUGCCUGUGCAGAACUGGACAGCAAGAGGAGCAACAUCACGACAGAAGAGGUCUCCCACUUCCGGUGGCACCUGGUGUACCACGGCCGUUCUUCCAGCAUGGGCUUCAGGCACUUCCAGAAGAACGGCACCUUUGUCUCCCCUCACUUCGGCGAGAUUGGAUGGUGCCUGGAAGAUCAGGGCCGCCUCUUCACCCUGCAGGGCAUGGAGCCUCUACAGGUGCACAGAGAUCCAGACAAUUGGGGCUGGAUCAUUGGUUUCAACACCAACACUGAGUACCACUCGGUGGAGGUGGAUGAGUCAUGAGCAGGCGAGUUGAGUUAGCAUGAGCAGCUCUUGGGCUGAUAGGGCGCACCAAAGAGUGCACCCAGGAAGCAUUGCACAUCCUGCUCCUUGAAACAUUGUGUCAUUCGCAUGGCAUUCAAAA